AUGAUCGUUGAAAGAAAUCCUACAGUUAAGCCAGGAAGUAAAAUGAGCAAUGACAAUCAACCAAAUCCAUCGAAUCCACCCAUAUUUCCACCAUCGUUUACAUCUGUACCGCCACCUUCAUCACCGGCAGCGGCGGCAGCCGCCUUCCAACAAUCAUAUUUUCAAGCUACUAUGUACGCACUUUAUCAACAGCAGCAGCAACAACAGCAGCAAUUUUUUCAACAGAUGUUCUCAGUACCUCCUCCGCCUUUACCGGUCGCGAAUGUUCCAAAUCGGCCAGCAUUUGGAGUUCGACCACCGAUAUCGCUGGAAAAUGGACAAAAGAAAAUAACAAAUGGAAAACAAUCAUCAACGAUGCAAAAAGAUUUUCAAGACCGAAGACGCAAUUGUUUCUCUUCAUCUUCAUUUCGCGAAAAUAAUAAUAAUAAUAACUACCGGCGUUCAUACGAUCAAUCCUGUCGAAAUGAUGAUCGACGUCGAGAAUUAUCUUCGUCGCCACCGGCAUCGAAAAGACGUCGAACGAAUGAUAACACAAUCGAAGAUGAAUAUCAUGAUUCUAGUCCGGAUGAAGACUCUACCGAAGUUUCAACAACUAAAAGCAAACCGCAGUAUGUGCGUACAUGUGCAUCGGAAUUGUAUUAUCGACGAGACGAACAAAAUUCUCGUUUGAUACAUGGAACACAGAAAUUGAAGGAUCUGUGUGCAAAAUUUCAAACAGAUGUCUUAGCGCAACGAGAAAAAUUUCGCCGAGAAAAUAAAGUUUUCGACGAGCCAGAUCAUUCCAAUAUGUUUUAUAAAGCCAAACAAUUCGGCUCUCAUAGUAAAGCAACGAAACCGGAAAGAAAGUCGAAAGAUUCUUCGAGUGAGAGCGGAGAGGAAGAUGAAAGCGAAGAAGAAGAAGGCGAAGCUACAGCAGCAAGUUUAGCAAGUGAUAAUUUGUUAACAUUAGAAAUCGAACGUAAACAACAGAUACCAAAUCGUUUACAUCCUGAACUUUGGUUCAACGAAUAUAAACAAGGCAAUGAUGGUCCUGUGUGUCGAUGCAGUGACGAUGAUCGAAAAUUUGGCAUUCGUCAUCAGAUGUUCUAUGGAGAAAAGCUGAUUACACCAUGUAACAAAUGGAAUAAUAAUGCGGGUCGAUUGUUUCAUUAUCGAAUAACGUUAACACCGAAGACAAAUUUUGUUCUGAAGGAACCGACUGCAAUAACAUACGAUGAUCAUGAAUACAUCUUUGAAGGCUUUUCUGUUCUUUCUCAUGUUUCAUUAACGAAUGUGAAUGAUUGCAUUGUUGUUUAUCAUAAUAUUGACUACUCUGUUGGUUUGGAAGAAGAAUCUCCCUUAGAACAUUUUACUAUUGAAGAACUUGAUCUUCUUCAACAAUACCUUCUUAUUGAUAUCUGUGAACUGUAUGAUAUUCAAUGGCGACCAUUGAAUAACGAUAAAAACAUUUCCACAUGUACAUGUUACCAUUUUUUUCCUCGUUUUGCACGUAUUUUACCUGAUAAUGGUAAAGAAUUACUUCAUCCUGCUGAACAAAUUCAAUAUUUCCUCAGACACUUGAAACCUUUAAUACCCAAUGACUUACACGCUCGAUGCAAAUCAAUGUCAACUGAUGCCUGGGAUAAAUAUGUAACCAAAGUUCAAGGUUCAAUCAUUUGGUUUCCAAAACAUCGACCAGCAGCCAUUCGACUUGAUCAACUCGACCGAGACAACAGUCCAUAUCCACUUAUUGUUCAUUUUGGUAUUCGCCCUGCUGUUUUGUCAAUCCAAUAUAAUCAGGAAUAUCGUCAAGCGUAUAAAUCUUACUUGAAAGUAUUUUUUCUUCUGAAAAAUCGAACACCAACCGAUGAAGACAAAGCGAAUUUACGCGACAAAGAGCAACGCUUAAAGCAAAUAGUUGCUAAACAUGCUGAACAAUUAAAACGUGAAACAGUCGUCGAAAUCUCCUCGGAAAACGCGUACCGCACUGGUUUUAAAUCUGAUAUCAUUCAACAUUCGUUGUUACUUUCCUCAUUGCAAGACCAUCUACGUUUCCAUCACUCGUUAACCGAGUUGGAAACACAUCUUGUUGGUUACAAAUUCCAAAAUCGCUGGUUAAUGCAGUUGGCUUUGACACAUCCCAGUGGAAAUUAUGUUUUGCAUAACAAUCUCGGUCCUAAUCCAGAUCAUGUGAAAAAUACUUUGGCGAAUUGUCGAAUCAGAAAUACAGUUUAUGGAGACCGAAAACAACUGUUUCGACCAGUAACGAAACGAGGAGUGUCAACAUUAUUUCGCAUCAUGGCAAAAAAAGCGAAGACAUGCGAACAAAUAUCGGAAAUAACGAAUUAUGAACGUUUAGAAUUUCUUGGUGAUGCUUUGUUGGAAUUUUUGGUCUCCAUCCAUCUCUUCUUUCUAUUUCCACAAUUCGACGAAGGUCGUCUGUCCACAUUUCGCGUUGGUUUAAUUCAAAACCAUUUUUUCACAUCGUUAGCACGAAAUCUAUGUUUACAACAUUUUAUUAUUUAUAAUCACGGGCCUGAUCUUUGUUCACACUCCGCACUUAAUCAUGCGUUGGCGAAUUCCUUUGAAGCUUUGAUGGGUGCAAUCUAUCUCGAUGGUGGACUAGAAAUUGCGGAUAAGAUUUUAUCGAAAAUUCUUUUUAAUCAAGAUAAAACUCUCACAGAUAUCUGGAGUCAUUUGCAAGAAUAUCCAUUGAAAGUCCAAUAUCCAAAUAGUGAUCGACAUUUAAUCGAACAAGUACCUUUACUGAAAAAGCUAACAAAAUUUGAGCAGGAUAUCGGGGUUGAAUUUCGUCAUAUUCGAAUGUUAGCACAAGCAUUUUGUACAAGACCAAUUCCACAGAAUGAUUUGACUAUUGAAGAUAACGAAAGAUUAGAAUUUCUUGGUGAUACUGUUCUGAAUUUUGUUGUCAGUGAUUAUUUAUAUCGUCAUUUUCCCGAACAUCAUGAAGGUCAUUUAUCGUUACUUCGUUCGUGUACAGUUUCAAAUCCAACCCAAGCUGUGAUAUACGAUGAAUUAGGUAUGCAAGUUUAUGUUGAUUAUGUUCGUGAGCAACUUCGUACAACUACGCCGCGAAUGAUUGAGAAAUCUUUGAAAGCCAAAGCUGAUGUGUUCGAAGCAUUCAUAGCCGCACUGUUCAUUGAUCAAGGUUUAGAAGCGAUUUAUGCACUUUGCCGGGCAACUAUCUUUCCACGUUUACAAGAUUUCAUAUCUACCCAACAUUGGAACGAUCCGAAAUCGAAUUUGCAACACUGUUGCUUAGCAUUGCGCGAUCCCAAUGAUCGAAAUCCGCCUUUACCUGAGUAUGUUGUUUUGAAAUCGAUUGGCUCAUCGAAUAAUGUUCAAUACCGAGUGGGCGUUUUCUUUCGUAAACAACGUUUAUCGGUUGGUCUUGGCCGAUCAGUGCACGAAGCAGAAAUGGCUGCAGCAAAGAAUGCUCUUGAACAACACGCAGAAAUGUUCCCUCUGUUACAUUAUCAGAAAUCAGUUUUAACGUCAUCAAGUCCGAUUCAUUCAAAACGUCGAAUGCCAACGAAUACAAAAGUCAAUAAUAAUGAGAGUAAUCGACACGAACUGUUUUCAUUGAGAAAAAUGAAAACACGAAGUGAAAUUGCAGCAAUGAUAACUACAUCAACUAGAGUCAAAAGUUAG